ACCCCCAGAUUGGACAGAUUGUGUCCACUGCAACUAGACAAAAGAGGCUGAUGUGACAGUCUGUGAAGGGUGUGUGAGCGUUCUGCGCAUGCGCGCUUAUCCUCUCCCUCCUGACCUCCUCCCGGUUUGUGCUGCGCCCCUGCCGCUAAUCAACCUCUCCCGCGAAACCCGCUCAAAAACAUCCACACAGAUCCUGGCACACACAUGAGGCAUGGCAGCUCUCUUCGGGAAGAUCCAGAUCGGCAUUUAUGUGGAGAUCAAGCGCAGUGAUGGAAGAAUCCACCAGGCCAUGGUGACAUCACUAAAUGAAGACAAUGAGUGCGUGACGGUGGAGUGGAUUGAAAACGGAGACACAAAAGGGAAAGAGAUCGAUCUAGAGAGCGUAUUUGCACUAAAUCCAGAUGUUGCACCUGAAGAGGAAAUCCCACAAAGUCCUGAAACCCCUCCACCUCCUGUGUCCAGUGCCAUCAAAAUCAACAAGAUCCCCCAAAACAAGGAUGUACCUCAUGAAGUUGAUGUCACAGAAGAGUUUUCAUUUAUUACAAUCACUGUAGGUACGACUCGAGCGCGGCCGAGCCAACAGACCGAACCGCCUCCACCAGCGCCCGUCCCGCCUCCACCCAUCCAACACCAGACCCUACAGCAGCUGCAGAACGCUCGCAGGAAGUCCAACUGCGUGAAGGAAGUGGAGAAACUUCAAGAGAAGCGGGAGAAGAGACGAUUGCAGCAGCAGGAGCUGAGAGAGAAAAGAGCGCAGGAGCUCGAUGCCACAACCCCUAAUUAUGAAAUCAUGUGCAUGAUCCGAGACUUCAGAGCGAGUUUGGACUACAGACCGCUGACCACUGCAGAUCUGAUUGAGGACCACAGGAUAUGCGUGUGUGUGCGGACGCGGCCACUCAACAAGAAAGAGCUGACCAUGAAGGAUCUGGACGUCAUCACCAUCCCCAGUAAAGACGUGGUCAUGGUCCACGAGCCCAAGCAGAAAGUGGAUUUAACCAGAUACCUGGAGAACCAGACGUUCCGCUUCGAUUACGCUUUCGACGACACCUCCACAAACGAAAUGGUGUACCGGUUCACUGCUCGGCCGCUGGUGGAGACCAUAUUUGAGAGGGGAAUGGCCACUUGCUUUGCUUACGGUCAGACGGGCAGCGGGAAAACUCAUACCAUGGGAGGAGAUUUUUCUGGGAAGAACCAGGAUUGCUCUAAAGGGAUCUACGCUCUCGCUGCACGGGAUGUUUUUCUCAUGUUAAAAAAACCAAACUACAAGAAGUUGGAUCUUCAGGUGUACGCGACGUUCUUUGAAAUCUACAGCGGGAAGGUGUUUGACCUUCUGAACAGGAAGGCGAAGCUGCGAGUUCUUGAAGACGGGAAGCAGCAGGUUCAGGUGGUCGGACUGCAGGAGCGAGACGUCAAAUGCACAGAGGACGUGCUCAAACUCAUCGAGAUGGGCAACAGCUGCAGGACGUCUGGACAGACCUCGGCUAACGCUCACUCGUCCCGCAGUCACGCCGUGUUUCAGAUUAUCCUCCGCAGGAGGGGCAAAAUGCACGGUAAAUUCUCUCUCAUUGACCUGGCGGGGAACGAGCGAGGGGCGGACACGUCCAGCGCUGACCGACAGACGCGGCUCGAGGGCGCCGAGAUCAACAAAAGCCUCCUGGCGCUGAAGGAGUGCAUCAGGGCUUUGGGUCGAAACAAACCACACACUCCGUUUCGAGCCAGUAAACUCACGCAGGUCUUAAGAGAUUCCUUCAUCGGAGAAAACUCUAGAACAUGUAUGAUCGCUACAAUCUCUCCUGGAAUGGCAUCAUGUGAAAACACAUUAAACACUCUGAGAUACGCCAACAGAGUGAAGGAGUUUGGGAUCAGUCCCUCCGACAUUCCCUUCUCUCAGGGGGGAGGCGGGCGCUCCGAACUCUCUCCUACCUAUGAGUACGAUGACUUUGCUACCUCACCCAGCAGGGUGAAGGAGCUGAGCAUUGACCCCAUUGCGGUGAUGGAGGGGCGCUCCGCCGGACACUCGGUCAGUCAGCUGGACGUGCUGGAGGCGCAGUGGGGAGUGGGCAGCUCUCCUCAGAGAGACGAUCUCAAGCUGCUCUGUGAACAAAACGAAGAGGAAGUGUCCCCGCAGCUCUUCAACUUCCAUGAGGUGGUGUCUCAGCUGGUGGAGAUGGAGGAGCAGGUUCUGGAGGACCACCGCGCCGUGUUUCAGGAGUCCAUACGCUGGCUGGAGGAUGAGAAGGUUCUUCUGGAGAUGACCGAGGAAGUCGAUUAUGAUGUGGAGUCAUACGCCACUCAGCUUGAGCAAAUCCUGGAUCAGAAGAUUGAUGUGCUAACAGAGCUCAGAGAUAAAGUGAAGUCUUUCCGCUCGGCUCUUCAGGAAGAGGAACAGGCCAGUAAGCAGAUCAACCCCAAACGCCCGCGGGCCCUGUAGACCCAGCACCAGCAGAACAAUCCCAUCAGCCCAUCAAUGUAUCUACAUGUGUAACUUGUACGUGAUGUGUCGGUUGUUCAUCUGACAAAAGCACAUUUUAAAUUGUAUAGAUUUGAGUUCUUACUAAACUGAAUGAUGAGUUUAAGGCCAUGAGAGGAUGUACAGUGAGCUAAUGCAUGACCAAACCAGCGCUGCAUCAUCUGACUGGACCGCGUGUGUGAAGCCUGUAAAUAUGUCAAACUCAUUCAUGCUUUUCAGAUAUAUGUAUAUAUAUAUACCCGCUCAUCUACUUGCAUAACAGUUUGCCAGGUAAUGAAAAGUGAUUAUUGCCAUCCCAAUGGAAAAGAGCGAAUACAGUCUUAGGAAUAAUUGCAAUUAGGGAUGCACUGAUAUAGACAUUUUGACCAGUUAUUUUUAUGGUUACUAAAUAAGGAAGCAUGUUUUCAACAAAGGCUUGAAAAAAAUAGAUAAUUGCAAUGCUAGAUCUCAAACUCACAAUUCAUACUUUUUCUCAGACUUCUAUCUCUCAAUUCUGAUUUUUUCAUUUCCAACAUGGGACUUUCUAUAUUUAGGCUAGUUUGUAUCGCGAAAUUGUUUAUAUCACAAAAUUUACACUUUUUUUUUAAAUCUCAAUUUUUUCAGAAUUGUGGGAUAAACUCUGAAUUGCAAACAUAUAAUUCUGAAUGGGGGAAAAAAAGCCAGUGUUAACAGCUCGCAAUUCAGACGUCUCAGAAUUACAAGAAAAAAAGUCAGUUACCUUUUUUUUUUUUAAC